AUGGAGUCCCCGCAUCGGGGGCACCUCUCGCCAGCACCAAGCAUGUUCUGCGACCAGCGCGCCGCGGCUUACUCGGGGCGAGCGGGCUGGGGCGGGCCGCACCGCGGCCCGGCCGCGCCGCUUGCGCCCUCCCGGAGCGCCACCGUCACCCGCAGCGGCGCCAUUUUGCCCAAGCCGGUUAAGACGCCCUUCGGCCUCCUCAGAGUAUUCAGCGUUGUGAUCCCCUUCCUGUACGUUGGGACUCAGAUCAGUAAGAACUUCGCAGCCCUACUUGAAGAACAUGACAUCUUUGUCCCAGAGGAUGACGACGACGAUGAUUAAAGGAACCAUAAUGGAAGAACAGAAGGGAGAAAACCAUUGACAAAGCAAUGAUUCCAACAUGUCACCUGUGUUUUGUCCUUCCUGAAUGGGACAGGGGGCUCUGUAUCUCCUUUGCCAGUGAGUGUCCUGCGCAUGUCUAUAUGACGGAAAUCUGUAGAUCAGGGUUGAAGGAAGUGCUUGAUAGGCUCUGCAUCCUUGCACCCACACGCUCUCCUCAUCAAAGACUGCUUGGGAUUCCUUUUAUUAGCAAUAUGGGAAACACUUAAUUAAAGAUAAAGAGAU